AUGAAAAAAGAAGUAGAAUAUAUAAAGAGAAUGGCAAAGGACAAUAUCCCCUUAAAUAUUGUCACCUUAGAAGAUGAAAGUGUCAUUAGACAACUGUACGAUAUCCCAAAUAAGAAUAUUUCAUUCAAUCCAUCAUACGAUAAUACAAAGAUAAAUGUGACUAUUUCUCAUUCAUACAAUGAGAUUUACGAGCUACUGAAGGAGAAGAAAGACAUUUCAGAUAUUUUACUACUGAAUGAAUAUAUGUUAUACAGUGAGAUUCGGGUUAUUGCAUCCGGGAAGGAACUGCUUCAAGCCUGCGAUGACCCAAGGAUGAUCACUCCUGCAGAAAAAAGUGCGUUAGAAGGGGGCAUUGAUGUCCCUGCGUCUUUGCUAAAGGAAAAUCUGAAAAGUCAAGGGAAACUUCCUGUCUCCCGGGCCAUUCGGAUAGCAGGAAGGUACGCUGGAGAGGACAAGUAG